AUGUGUGGCGGUUCUUUCAAAAAUCUUAUUUUUGGCAACAUUACGGUGAAUUUAUUUUUAGCGUUCAAAAAGGAGCUGAAGGAUGCCGAGAGGAAAACAGAAAUAUACCAUGAUGCACUUAAAACAAUGAACAAGGUUUCAAUAGAAAAUUCAAUCCACUUCGAUGACCAUCAGUUCCUGGACAUCAAGAAUUCGCAUUUGAAGAAAGCAUACCGGGAUAUGUCCAACCAUAUUGAUCGACUUCAUCAGAAAAUCAAGGAGGACAGCGCUAUCCCAUUCGAAAAUGAGCGUGUAAAACGCCUGUGGAAAGCGGCGCUUGCCAAUGGGAACUUCUCCCAACACGAUCGAGACCUGUUGAAGGAGGAACUACAACAUUUCGACAAGCAGCUGAAAAAAAUCGCUUUCCAUAAGAACGAGCUGGACGCCCGUCGAUUAGAACGAGAAAAACAGGGGAAAAUGACUUUGCAUGUUGUCGAGGACGUAGAAUUGGAAGCAAGGCACGAAAAAAUGGAGAGGAAAUUAAGAAAAAUGGAGAAAUAUUUAGAUUCAAAGACCCGUCAUUUGGAGCUGUAG